UAUCCUGGAGAUCCAUAUAAGAUUAUGAAACUUGCCUAAGCUAUCUAUCUGCUUGUACAUCAUAUGACAUGACAUUGGGUGUAUCUACGAGAUUCUCUCCAUCUCCAUCGCCUUCCAUUCUUCUCUCUCCAUGCUGCUAUACCAUCGGACAUACAAACCUUGUUUCGUUUAGAGAAGAAGAAAGAAAGUAAAAACCAAGCCUCUUCUCUCACUAUGACUGCCUCGGCAAACAUCCCCAUCAUCGACAUAUCAGGGGACCAAGAUGCUGUGGCCCAGCAAUUAGUCGACGCCGCUCAAGAGCAUGGCUUCAUUUACAUCAAAAAUCUCGGAAGAGACAUCUCUAGUAGCAGCAUCGACGGAGCCUUUGCGCUGUCAAAGAAGCUGUUUAAUGCCCCCGUAGAAGAGAAACAUGCCUGCACCAUCAACACAGACAAUCGCGGCUGGUCUGGCAUGCACUCGGAGACUCUGGAUCCCAAGAACCAAAAAGUUGGAGACUUCAAAGAAGCUUUCAACUUUGGGGAAUUCGUCGACGGAAAGGCCCAGCAGCCUCUCCCUCCCACCAUAGCUAGCGACGAGCCUCAGAUUCAUGCAUUUGCAGACUCUUGCCACAAGCUCUGCAAGAAACUGCUACAUCUCCUCGGAAUAGGCCUCGGCGUUGGCGACUUCUUCUCCUCAGCCCACGGCACAAACGGCGAAUCCGCUUCCAUCCUGCGUCUUCUCCGCUACCCACCCCCCGAACAAACUUCCCGCUCCAGCGAUGACAUCCGUGCCGGCGCACACUCCGACUACGGCUCCAUCACGCUGCUCUUCCGGCUAAAAGGCCAAGCCGGCCUGGAACUCCAGAAGAAGGACGGCACUUGGGCCCCCGUGCCCGUCUGCCCGCCUGGCUCAGAAAAUGACCCCAGCCCCCCUAUUCUGAUCAACAUUGGAGACUUGCUCUCUUACUGGACCAACGGGCUAUUUAGAAGUACUGUUCACAGGGUGGUCUUCCCGUCUGAUAAUCAGGCGAGCAGCGUGCAAGGCGAAACGAGCUCCGCGCCGCGGUAUUCGAUUGCCUUCUUCUGCCACCCUAAAGGAACUAUACCCUUGGAGCCUGUGCCGAGUGAUAGGGUGAGAAACUUUGUGCCGGAUGAGAGCAAUCCCAACCAGAACCCGUAUGCUGAGAGAAAGGUCAUGACGGCAAACGAGCAUCUAUUGAUGAGACUAAAGGCUAGCUACGCCACUUUAUACGAUGAGAAGUCGUAAACGUCAUAUCUAAUAAUUGAUAGCUUUUAGGUAUAUAGAAGUCUAAUGUCUUGUAUCCAUCAUGAGCGCCAUAUACAUACUAUAAUCCCAUUGAUUUUGU